CGAAAGUAAAGUGAAGUGAACCCGCAGCAUGUGUCACCGAGGCCACAGCAAUGGCCACAGCUUGCACGGCUAAACCAAGCGGACCAAGUGUGGCCGUUCUUCGCCCGUUAAAAGGUUAACGCAUAAAUUUCGACCUCCGGCGCUCGGUUCGCGACCUGACAGGCUGUUUUCAAGCGCGGCGUCCAGCCAAAAACGCACCGUUUCGGUGCAAGUGUUCUGAAAACACCCCGUGCGUGUUCCGCGUUGUAUGGGGUUGUGUGUGACAGACGACGGGUUGUUUGGUCCCGGAUGGUUUUGUGCUUUUGAUGGUGGUAGUUGGUUGGUUGUGCAGUGCAAAUCUGGUAGAGUUGUCCACUCGUUGGUCCGUGUUUCAAUAGUUUAGCGUAGCGUUUUCGGUAAUUUUUGCCCCGUGGUGCGUGGUUUGCUGUUUUUCAUCGUCAUUUUCCUCCAGUGCUCAAGUGCAAGUGAAGUGAAACGUGGUUGUGGAAAUAACGCGCAUCUCCUCGCAGUAGGCGCUGGCUGUGGUGUGGUGUUUGAGAAAAAGGAAUAAAAAAAGGACGUCCAUCGACGUCGUCGUCGUCGUUCGUCACUUGGUGCAGUAAAAUCCUUCCUGCCUGGGGAGGGAAAAAAAAGCAAAAAGGACGUCUCCACCCGCUGGGUGGUGAAAGGAAAAGAAAAAGCAAUCCCCCUCCCCGCACAAUAUCACCAAACCGCACUCCGGGUGUGCCUGGCCACAGCUCACAACUUUUGGCUCAUCCUCCCGUGGCCCACCCCCCCACACCACCCACACGUCGAGCGGUAACCGUGUCACACUGGGUGGCACCAACGGUCGCGACAGAACCGGCCAUCCCCGUGGGGUCCAUCGCCGUGUCAAACGCGCCAACAUUGCUGCAAUAAUUGGGAUACUAGUGCCGUGUUGAUGUAAUACCCGGCGUGGAAAUCGGAUCGAACCGUUUGGGGACGCACGAACGGCGCGAAAGGUGCACAUAUAUAUGUGUAUUUAUAUACAUAUGUGGUCGGACGAUGCAGUUACCCGAUGCAAGGCGCGAACGUGUGCGAGCAGGACAGCAAGCGACAAGCGAAACGAUGAUGCGACCGAUGUACGCCGGAUUCGAAGCUGCACACCACCGAUUGACAGUCGUUUGGUUGGCCAAAAAUUGAACGAAACUGUUUGGUGAAGAGAUAGAGAGAGAGAGUGAGAGAGAGAGAGAGAACGAAGAAAAAAAAAACAAACAAAGGAACACCGAAGCGACCACGGGCAUUAGCAGUGGCCAGAGACAGGAAAAUGAAUACCGAUGACAUUUACGAGAAUCUGCCGUGUCGCCAUACGACCGAGGAGGCGUUACGGAACGGCAACGGAACAUCGGCCACCGGAAGUCGCGUGACGUCCGGGAGUGAUGGUCGGUCACACGCCCCCGAGGGGUGCGAGACCGGUGAGGGUAAGGUGCAGAACAAUCUCGCCCUCAACAGCAAGGAUAUGCUGUAUGCGACCCCGUUGAAGAAAUCCGAACGCCUCGGAAAGAUGCUGAACAAUGGUCCGCCAAGCGUGACGCAGAACGGUAACGGCGUGGGGACGGCCGGUUCCGGUGCGGCAGGUGGCUUGAGUGGAGAACCGGAUCGUGAUGCGAAGAUUAUAAACGCCGAGCUGGAGGAUCGGCGGAUACGCGAUUUCCUGAAGGACACGACGCAGAUGCACAAGAAGAUCGAGCUGCACAAAACGUACCAAAGCUCGAACUUUUCCUACCUCGCGCGCAAGGAACACUUCGCCGAUCUGGUGCAGCGGAACGUGACGAGCAAUGGGUCACACGAGCGGCCGGAUGAGGCCGCUUUGUCCGCCGGUGGCUACAAAACGCUCGCCGGUGAGGAGGAGGACAACAAUCUGGAUCUCGAGGUGAACGAAUCGUUGAACGAGCUGGAGGCGAGGUGUAACGAGAAGCUAGAGAUGCUGGCCAACCUGAACCGGGCACGGACAAGCACGGCCACGACGGAGCAACGUUCGCAGGAGGACAACGAGCAGCAGCAGGCGGACGGGAUGGUGAAUCUGCUCGAGGUGGAACCGGACGAAGGUGCCGCAGUUGUCGGACCGAAACCAUCCGCUCCACCAUUGUCCGCGCUGAGCGUGGAACGAGAACCGAAAAAGGGCGCCAAAAACUUUACCGAUCUCAGUGGUGGCGGUGGGGGAGGGAGUGUUGCUGGUGGUGGUGGCAGUGGCGGAGAAACCAUACCCAUCAGUGCCCACCUAAACCGGGAGUGGGUGUUGAAGAAGAUUGCGAUGUGUUUGGAGCAACGGAUCACGAAGAAACCCGUACCACCGGUUCCGGUCCAGGGUCAACCGGCCGUGGGGACACAACCCGUGGAUGGGUCGGCGGGGCUGGGAGGAUUUUUUGCCCGAGGCGGUCAGACGGCAGCAGCGACGGCGACGGCGGUCAGUGGAAUUCCACCCGCCGACGGUGGCCAUCGAGGUGGUGGUGAGAAUGGAUUGCCCUCGCUGGGAUACCUUGUGUUGGGUUCGAACGGUUCCGGCAAGACGUCGAUCUGUAACGACAUCAUCGAGGGAACGUCCGGUACGAAGGGUAUGCUGAAUCGCAGGCUGUUGGCGUGUUAUUUCGUUAACUCGCAGAAUCCGGAAUGUCACAGUCUCAGCAUGUUCAUCCGGAGCGUGAUUUUGCAGAUACUGAGCCACUCGAGCUUUGUGACCACCGGUGGCGGUGCUGGUGGUGGUGCUGGCCAGGAGCUAGUAAACCUGUCGGGAGUCUCGAUCGAGCCAGGUGAACAGAUCGUGAGCACGAGCAACGAUUGUUUGCCGGAAGCCGAUCAACUGAGGCUGCCAGCGGAAGGUGGAUUGGAAUUGACGCGGAUCGCCGCCGAGGUGGUUGAUGAGGGCGAACCACCGCCUCUUCACGAGCCGGAUGGUACCACGGAAGGGCCCGAGAACCGGGAGUCAAGUGAAGCGAUCGACAAGGAGCUGGAGGAUGCGAUUCGAACGGAGAUGAAAAUUAACGAACGCGUGGCGGAAUUUUGUUCCGGCCGGAAGAAGGUCUCUCGCCAGCAAUCGGAACCGGUGGAAAGCUUGAGCCGGGAUCGAGAGCAACCGGUCUACCCGUACAAAACGCAUCCACCGGUGGUGGUGAAAGGUUCGGUACCCACGGGAGGCGAUUCACCCGAGGAGGACAAAACAACGAUGAGCCCGGGAAGGCCGGCAAAGGUGUCUAAGAUACCGAUUGCGAUCGGUAGCACCAUUCGCAGCCCGACGAAGAAGGUUUCGCCAACGCGGGAAGAGCACGCGAACGGGGUCGGUAAGCCGGAACGGUCCGACAAUGCUGCUAUCGAUGAAAAGGAUGACGUGAUUCUCGAGGGUGGUGGUGAAGCGAUCGCGGAAGGUGACAUUAGCGACAUAAAGCUGCUGGAGGACGACGAAAGGGUGGCCGAACCGCUCGCGAAGGAAAAAGCAGCAGCAUCAUCGCCCAUUGCGUUGGAACGGCCACCGGAUGGGCUCGAGGGUUUGGAGGAAAAGCUGACGCAGGAUGGCGUACGUUUGGCUAAUAAACCGAUGGAAACAAGCAUCCCGCCGCCGCUGCCAAAGUCGAAAAACUGCCGCCAGGUGAUCGCGGACGGGUACUACGAGAUGCUGCUCAGCAAUCCGGACAUUUUCGAGUCGCUGACGGUGGACAGCAUCGAGAAGAACCCGGACGAUUGCUUCAAGAAGGCGAUACUGUUUCCGCUGCUGGAGCUUUGUCCGCCGAAAAACGCCCUAUUGCUGCUGAUCGAUUCGAUCGAUGAGAACUACAUACAGGAUGGGAACCUCAUUUCGACGCUGAAGGGAAAACAGAACAGCAAGAGCCGUAACAUCGCGGAACUGCUCUCGAACCACAUCCAUCUGAUGCCGAAGUGGUUGUUUGUGGUGUGCACGGCGAAGAAACAGAACAAGAACAUCACGAAGCUGUUCACGGGGUUCAAGAAGUUGACGCUGGAUGACCUGCGCAAGUCGCACGUCGUGAAGGACGUGCAGCAGUACAUCAUCAACCGGCUGAACACGGACUUCCGGGGGAUCAACCUCACCAAAGACAUCAUCGAGAGCCUGAACCAGCUGUACAUCAAGUCGAACGGGUGCCUGCUGUACCUGUACAAGGUGCUGAACGGGAUACGGGAGAACUUCUUCACGUUCCGCGAGAUCAAGCUGAUACCGUGCACGCUGAACGGGCUGUACCUGUACAUCUGCCAGAAGUCCUUCAACAAGAAGCAGUACAACAAGAUCCGCCCGAUCCUGAACGUGCUGCUGGUGUGCAACAACUACGUGGACAAGUACUUCAUCUACAACUGCCUGCGCACGCACAACUACACGCUCGAGAUGGAGGACUUCGAGCGGCGGCUCGAGCUGAUGCGCAACAUCGUCGAGUACAGCCCGGUGAACCCGUGUGCGGUGCGCAUCUUCCACAACUCGUUCUGCGACUGGCUGAUCGACGUGAAGUUCAGCACGAAGAAGUUCCUGUGCGAUCUGAACGAGGGCCACGUCAUGGUGUCGAUGUACUACACCGUCGUGGCGGACCAGAUCUGCCCGAACAAGCUGCGCCUGUACCUGUACCACCUGAUCAAGACGGGCGAGUAUCUGACGAGCAAGCACGUCGAUCUCGAUCUGCUGCUCAUCCUGCUCGAGACGAAGUCGAACCUUAGCGACUGCUUCUACACCAACCUGCUCAACUGUUGCGCGAUGUGUGAGGACGAGUGCCGGAAUGAUAUCAACCUGUCCGCGCGGACGAAGCACAUGCUCGAUUGCUUCCUGAACGCGCAGCUGCACGACGAGUUUAUGAUGUUCCUGAACGACUUCUUCAAACCGAACCUUCCGACCGACUGCAAGGUGCUGAAGCUGCUGAUCGAGACCGGCAUCAACAACGCGGACACGGCGCUGUCGUGUGAAUCGUCCGCCAUCAACUCGCCGGUGUUGUCGGAUCGUUCGCAAAACAUCGACUCCGAGCUGGCGGAGCUGUUGAUUUCGAGCGAGAAAAGCUGCCAGCAGGAGCUGCAAAAGUCCAUCAAUCUUGAGCUGCUCGGGCAGGACUGUAACGGCGGUGCGAUCAUGAUCGAUGGCCAUAUGGGUCGGGAUGGGAACGCGGGUGGUGCCGGAGGGCAUGGUCGGCAUCGGUACAGUGCCGGACCGUCGAUUACGGGUGCGGAUGGUGGUAGCAGUGUGUUGGGUGAUUCCAAGUCGGACAUUCAGAACGAUCGCGUGGGUAGCGGAGUGCAGUGCGAUAUGUUUGAGGGUGAGAUGCAUAAGGGCAAGGCGUUGAUUCACAUUCUUGCGAACGAGGGAAAUCACACGCUGCUGGAGCGGGCGCUAAAUGCAUGCAAAGAUCCCAUCGAUCUGGAGAUAGAGGACCUCAACGGCCAAACGGCACUAAACAUUGCGGCCAGAAACGGCCAUCAGGAGAUCGUGAAGCUGCUGCUAACGUACAAGCAACCGCUGCGAGAUGGCACCGGUCGGUAUCGCAUUAUCGACGUAAACCACGCCGAUCGGGACGGGUGGACACCGUUGCGAUCGGCUUCGUGGGGUGGCCACACGGAGGUCGUAAAGCUGCUCAUAGAGACGGGCGUAUGUGCGAUCGAUCGUGCGGACAAGGAGGGCCGAACGGCACUGCGAGCGGCAGCGUGGAGUGGCAACGAGGACAUCGUGAAGAUCCUGAUCGAGGCGGGUGCGAACGUGAACUCGAUCGACAAGCAGGGCCGCACGUCGCUGAUCGCGGCCUCGUACAUGGGUCAUUACGAUAUCGUGGAGAUUCUGCUCGAAAACGGUGCCGACGUGAACCACACCGAUCUGGAUGGGAGGAAUGCGCUGUGCGUGGCGGCACUCUGUGGCAGUUCCGGGUACAGCCGUGUCAUUUCCACGUUGCUCGAGUACGGGGCCAACACGGACCAGACCGACAACGAGGGUAUGUCACCGUUGCUGGUGAGCUCGUUCGAGGGAAACGCGGAGAUAUGCGAGCUGUUGCUGGAGAACGGUGCCGAUCCGGAUAUGGCGGACAACAUGGGCAGGACGCCGUUGUGGGCAGCGUGCACGUCUGGCCACGCGAACGUCGUGAAGCUGCUGCUCUUUUGGGGUUGUGGAAUUGAUUGCAUGGACUCGGAGGGUCGCACGGUGCUGAGUGUGGCGGCUGCGCAGGGUAACCUAGAGACAGUUCGGCAGCUGCUCGAUCGAGGUUUGGACGAAACGCACCGUGAUAACGCCGGCUGGACACCGUUGCAUUACGCGGCGUUCGAAGGAUACGCGGACAUUUGCGUGCAGCUGCUCGAAUCGGGCGCCAAGAUCGAUGAAUGUGAUAACGAGGGCAAAGCGGCACUUCAUUUGGCCGCCCAAGAGGGCCACAACGCGGUGAUGGAGGCGAUCCUGAACAUACACCGGCCGUGCAUCGAUCAGCGAGCGCACGACGGCAAAACGGCGUUCCGGUUGGCGUGCCUGGAGGAACACUUCGAGUGCAUCCAGACGCUGCUGAAGUUCGGUUGUGACAUCAACUCGAAGGAUGCGGAUUCGCGCACCACACUCUACAUACUGGCGCUGGAGAACAAGCUGAAGGCGGUCAAGUUCCUGCUGGAGUACUCGAACGCGGAUGUAAACAUUCCGGACAGCGAGGGAAGGACGGCACUGCACGUGUCCGCUUGGCAGGGUCACGCGGAAAUGGUCAAACUGUUGAUCACACUCGGAAACGCCAACGUAAAUGCGAUGGAUUUGGAAUCUAGAACGCCAUUGCACUCGUGCGCCUGGCAGGGCAACCAUGAGGUAAUGCAGUUGCUGCUGUAUUACGGUGCGAUACCGGAUCAUGCCUGCAAACAGGGAGCGACGGCAUUGGGCAUCUCCGCCCAAGAGGGACACGAAAAGUGUGUCAGCUACCUGCUAAAGUACGGUGCCAACCCGUACAAGUCGGAUCAUUGCGGACGGACGCCGAUCAAGCUGGCCGCAAAAUCGAAUCGCAACAAUGUGCUGCGGAUUUUGGAAAACUUUACCAAAAAUGAUCUGGACUGUGGUAAGGUGAUACAUCCUCAUCUGAAUCUCAAAUCACCGGAUGAGCUUCCACCGUGCAGUUCGAUACACAAUCCGUCACCAUCGUCGGGUUAUCCGAACAAUCCGAGCCUGCUGAUGCCGACCGCGGGUGGAUCGGCGAUGCUUAACGCAUCGUCCACCAACUCGAACACCACCAACUCGACGACGCAGAACAACAACUUUUACGAAAACACGAUGCACUCGGACACGAGCAGCCUUCAGAAGCGCAAAAGUGUCAUCUCUAGUCAGUCCACCGGUAGCAGUAACGAGCAAGCACCGAUGUCGUUUACGCAGCAGCUGCAAAAGCAUUCCCGGCAUCACAACUCCAAAUCGCACCACAUCGUCCAGCAGCAGCACCAGCCGCACCAGCAGCUUCAGCAGUCCUCGUCGUCGUCGGUCGCUAAGUUUGGCAGUAAAAAACAUUCCCAGGUGCUCCCGAACGUCGAGGAGUAUCAAUCAAAUAUCGCAUCGAACAUUCGCAUCAACCCAAACGACGCCGACCUGUUCGAUCUCGGGUGUAUGUCACCGUUGUACGCGACGCCACCGCACUCGCCGAGCAGUGAAAUCAGCUCACCGGGACAAAACCAACCACCGUCGUCGCUGGCCCUACUCGGGAAGCAGUUUGAGGAGAUGAACAUUAGCCUGUCGAACAACAGUACGAUCAUGAAUCCGCACGAUAACCACUUUGCACGGGACACGCACAUGCGCAUCAUUCUUGGCAACAACCAGAAGGAGGGUUCGGGUCAGCUGCAGGGAUCGAAUGUGGGAGCCGGUGCUGGCGGGAAGUCCUCCAAACGCAGCGGGAUUGCGACGAAUCCGGCGAUGCGGUUGAUUCGCAACCGCAUCGAUUCGGCGGCACAGCUGAUACGGCGUACGAACAACAUACUGUCCAGUGGUGGUAACAACCAGGGCUCAUCCAGCAUCGGUGUCAAAUCGGGCACGUUCCAGUGGCGCAAGGAGAGCCAAAUGUAACUUCCAACCGGGACAUUGGGACACGAAAAGCGCCGAGCUAGGGAAGAGCCGAAACACCAAACAGGGAUGUAAAUUUGGACACUUUUCUUUGGUUAAACAAGGCGGCAAUAUAGGCACGAGACUCGACAUUGCGAGACAACGAAUCGAGUGACACUUAAGUAAGAUAAAAAGAAACAAAAAAAGCAAUGCGUG